AUGGCUUCCGAACGGGACCCAAGAAGAGAACCGAACCGCCGCCGUCAGAGUGGUCUUAGCCACGAGCAGGUAUGGCAACCCGACACGCCUUACUUAGGUAGACAUGUUGCUAAGACGCUUAGUGCUAGAGCACUACCUCGUUCCCAGCCAAUACUACCUUCGCCCGAGUAUGCAGAUUUCUCGAGGUAUCAUGGUAGUCAUACCCUGCCCUUCGGAGCCACUAAUGAGCAGCCUCCACUGCCAACAACGGACAAUUCAUUCACCAGAAUAUCCCCCCACCUGUCACAUCCGGGCCUACCGCCAAUGAAACGCUUGAUGACCGUCUUUGCUGUCGUUUGGCACGAGGGUAUGGGGAAUGCAGCGCCACUAAAAGGAGGCACCAAAAGUCUUGCCACCAAAAGCCUUGCAAGCGAUCGUGAAUUGAUGACUGUGGGAAAGUUCGGCACCAAGAUCUACACGGACAUCCGCCGCAUGGUGGUCUUCAAGGAACAAGCUCAGUGUGCAUGGUGCUUCCCGGUGCAUACGUACGGUCGUCUGGGAGUCGCCAAAGCGAGUGUAGAUCCCUCAAAACAUGCAAUCAUCUAUAUGAACGGUGCACAACCGAAAUCCGGUCCCAACGAGCCAAGAAUGACAAAGGAACCCCUAGAGGUAACCCCUGAGCCGUAUCAAAAACUACACGCGAUGUCUCGAUUGAAUUUUGGCAAAAUCUAUACAGUCGAGCAUAACCAAAAAGUUCUUCCAGUUGGGAAAAUCAGCGAGGAAUCCAUGGCCAAAUUCCAUUUAUAUGCGAAAAGGGAAACUGAACUUGGGUAUUAG